AUGGGAGUUCCAGAUAAAGAUCCUCUUUCACAGUUGAGUUUACCUCCUGGUUUCAGAUUCUUCCCUACCGAUGAAGAGCUUCUUGUUCAGUACCUAUGUCGCAAAGUUGCAGGACACCAUUUUUCUUUGCCAAUUAUUGCUGAAAUUGAUUUAUACAAAUUCGAUCCAUGGGUUCUUCCAGGCAAAGCGAAUUUCGGUGAGAAAGAGUGGUAUUUCUUCAGUCCAAGGGACAGGAAAUAUCCAAACGGUUCACGACCAAACAGAGUUGCUGGGUCAGGCUACUGGAAAGCUACUGGAACGGACAAAAUCAUCACCACUGAAGGUAGAAAAGUUGGCAUAAAGAAAGCACUUGUUUUCUAUAUUGGUAAAGCACCAAAAGGCACCAAAACUAAUUGGAUUAUGCAUGAGUAUCGCCUUCUUGACGCUUCAAGAAAACACAACCUUGGUAGCUCCAAAUUGGAUGAUUGGGUUUUAUGUCGCAUAUACAAGAAGAACUCAAGCUCGCAGAAGGAAGUUCAAUCGUUUUCGGGGAAAGAAUACAGCAAUGGUUCAUCGCCUUCCACAUCCUCCCAUGUGGAGGAUAUGUCGGACUCGUUUCCGGUAAUUGACGACCAGAGCUUUGCGCUUCCACGGGUGACAUCACUCAAAAUGCUACAGCAAGAAGACAAGUUCGGGUUUAAUAACAUGGGUGCCGGAAUUUUCUCUGAUUGGGUUACCCCGACGGAGUUUGACACGAUACCCGAAUUUGAUUCCGGAAGCCAAACACAGGGGAUGUUGAAUUACAGCUGUAGUGACUUUUGUGUCCCUUCAGCGCCGCCGUUUGGGCAGAUGGAUUUCUCGGCGGGAUUUAGGAACCCCACGGAAGAAGAGGUUCAGAGUGGCAUGAGGACUCACCGGGUUACCGAUAAUGAUAAUUUCAAUUUGUAUCAGCAUAAUCCAAAUGUGUUUUUGUCGGGCUUGGGCGACCCGUUUGGGUUUGGGUUUUCUGGUCAUUAG